AACACAGACACGCACGCACACUUGCUUUCACAGCUUCCUCUUUCUGUUCUGUUUCUGUUCCAUGGAAAGUGCGGGACAGGUAUCUGUGCUAGUCUGCCACAAAAACCAUGAGCAAGUAGUGCUGUCUGUACGAGCACCGCACUGGUCCAGUUCUGGUUUAACACACAGCUGCUAAUCAUUAUGUCCACCUGAUACUUGCCUGAAGGACCACACGGUUUGUUCUCUGAUCGGAUUAUCACGUGAAAUUCUGCUGCUCGGAAAAUGGAUGUUCUUAUUCUCCAAAAAAUAUAUUUUGAUCACUGAUACCUUUUUUAUAUGGACUCUUUCUUUAUUUCUCUAUUGACUAUUUGGACCUAAACUUUUAAGCAAUGCUUUCAUGCUACAACUGAGGAAGAACAACAGAGACAAAAACCCAUCCAGCAAAGAACACAUUUGGAAUAUGAGAAAAGAACAACAAGCUCAAUGAAUUAAUUUUACCAAUCCCCUCAUCUUCGCAGAUUUGAUGACAUGGAGAGGUCCACAAGCAUAGCACUGGCUAUAGCAAUAAUUUUUAUUCAGCUUGUGCUGUUCGCAGCUGCAUACAGUUUCCAAAACUGCAUAGAGAAUCCAGCAAACCGCAGUUCAUUCAACUGCAUCAAUCGAAGUCAGACAAACAUUUCUGCACUUGUACAAGACCUCCCAGGCAGGGCCACAUCCCUCAACAUUUCUCAUAACCAUGUUUCACAUAUUCCCCCAAGGUCCAUGUCUCACCUCUGGCAUCUCAAGAACCUGAGAAUUGACUGUAAUCACCUGAAAAAGGUGAGCACACACGCUUUCCUGAAUCUGACUCAGUUGAAAAUGUUAAAUCUCUCCAGUAACAACAUUGAGACAAUUGAGCCCUUGGCUUUUAUCGAUCUGCAAAAUCUAACUGAGCUUGUGCUGAGCAAAAACUCGCUGCAGAAUGUCCAACCGCAAGUUUUUUGGGAACUCAAAAAACUGCAAAUCCUAAACUUCCGGAUUAAUUCCUUAAGUAAUUUUUCUGAGAUUGUUGAAUCUGUGGCUCACUUGCAGAGUUUAAAAGAGCUAGACCUCUGCAAUAACCACCUGAAUUCCCUUCACCAUAGCUUAAGCCUACCGCCAUCCCUCAGCACCCUCUACAUCUGUAAAAACCACCUCUACACUUUAGAAUGUAACAGUACGUUCCUGAACAGAAUCCGUUUGUUAGACCUGUCCAACAAUUUGAAGCUGCAAACAAAUUCCUUCAUUGGCCUGGACCUGAGGGCAAUUUCUUACCUGAGAUUGCAUAGUACUAGUGUCUCAGCCCUGGCACUCUUGAAAUUAAGGAACGUGAAACCAGGCUAUGUAGACUAUUCAGGCUUGGCUUUGAACAACAGCACCAAGCUGAUGGGACUAUGUUCACUAUUAAAGAAUAGACUAAAGAAAUUGCACAAACUGACCCUCCAGGGCAAUAAUAUUCUGACUCUGAGUGAUGGAACUUUCAAAAACUGUCCUGUUGUCACUCUUACAUUGGACCUCUCCCACAAUCACCUGAAGAAUACAACCUGCUUAAGAUUCAUGAGAGGACAGAAUCACUUAGAAAGUAUCAUUUUGGAACAUAACCUACUAUGCCACAUUGAAACCUGCCAUGAUAAGCAAAACAUGUCUUUCCCGAACCUGACUAGUCUAAGCUUCCGCUACAAUCGCAUUCGUGAUGUAUAUCCCUUUGCUUUCAGUCAAACACCCAGAUUAACCACACUUAAACUCAAUAUAAACAACAUUGCCUAUCUGGAUCGCAAAGCCUUAAAGGGGCUGACCAAUCUCACCACCCUCCGUCUAGACAACAAUCUCCUGACAGACCUUUUUGACAGCACCUUUUCAGAUUUGAGCCAACUGAAAACACUCAACCUGCGAAACAAUCGCAUCUCUGUCAUUUUCAAUGGAACGUUUCAUUCUCUAAGCCUCCUGCACAUUCUGGAUCUGGGUGGGAACAAGAUUACUCAUUUUCAGCAGGGAGCCUUUGGUGGGCUUCACAGCCUCGCCAACCUGUACCUGGAUGGAAACUACCUCAGACAAAUUGACAGUUGUCAGUUUUGGAGGCUAGGAGCCACAUUGCAAGUACUGGAUUUGAAGGGGAAUUUCAUCAGGUACCUAAAGAGGUACACUCAGUCCCCAUUUGUCAAUUUGACUCAGUUGAAAGACCUCAAGCUGAAUGGGCAGCUGCCUCAUGGAAUCAUACUGCUGCCAAAUGCUUUUUUCAGAGGUCUUCAGAACCUGACGUCCCUGUCCCUUGGAAACAACAAGAUUUCCUCUCUUCAAUCUGAUAUAUUUGAAGAUUUAGCCAGCUUGGAGUUCCUCUCUUUGGACGACAACUAUGAUGGUGUGAAACAGCUCCAGGCAGGUGUCUUCAAAAACCAACGAAAACUGAAGAGGCUUAAUGCAGAGAACAUGGGGAUACGAUCGUUGUCAGCAGAGGUUUUUGGUAACCUGACAGAGCUACGGAUGCUGACACUCCCCAAAAAUGCCCUGCAGACUGUAGACGAAGAUCUCCUGAAGAACCUUUCCAAACUACAUUACCUUGACUUGCGCCUUAACCCCAUCAGCUGCACCUGUCCCAACAGGUGGCUUAAGAACUGGACCAGCCGCAACCACCAAGUCCAAUUAGUGUACCAUUAUGAUCUUAUGUGUGGUGAUGUUCAUGGAGCUCACUUCUACAAUUUUGACACCAAGGUUUGUUACUUGGACCUUGGUGUCUACCUUUUUGCCUCCACUAGCACGUUAAUUAUCCUGCUGUCAACAAUCCCCUUGCUUUAUGUGAAACUCUACUGGAAGCUUAAGUACAGUUACUAUGUGUUUCGCUCCUGGUUUAGCGAGCACUGGCGGCGACUACGGGAAAAGGAGGAGGAGUGCCAGUAUGAUGCCUUCAUCUCAUACAACUCUGCCGAUGAGAAAUGGGUGUUGGAACAGCUUCUUCCAAACCUGGAGGAAGGAGGGUCAUCAUUCCGGCUCUGCCUUCACCAUCGCGACUUUAUGCCGGGGCGUGGCAUCAUAGACAACAUCGUGACGGCAGUGUACGGGAGCCGCAAGACGGUCUGCGUGGUGAGCCAGCAUUACCUAAACAGCGAAUGGUGCUCCCUGGAGAUCCAGCUGGCGAGCUACCGUCUCUUCCAAGAGUUCCGGGAUGUGCUGCUGCUGGUCUUCCUGGAGCCCAUCCCCGAAAGGCAGCUGUCAGCCUAUCACCGUAUGCGGAAGGUCAUGCUCAAGAAGACCUACCUCCAGUGGCCUGGAAAUGACUGCACAGACCCUGAGAAGGCACAAGAACUUUUCUGGAACCAGCUCCGGAGAGCGUUGAGAAGCGCCAAUGACAGACACCAAGUAGAGGACGAGGGAGAGAAAGAGGGAGAGGGGGAAUGUUUCUCCAAUCCAAGGCCAGUGGAUGAUGAGACAUGCUACUUAAAGCCUUAAUGAUGAAAAUUAAUAUAAUUAUACAUAUAGGAAUCACUUCACUUGCCCAGACAACGUACCCAUGCUUGCCGACUGCUAUAACGUGGCCAUGCCUAAAUUUCAGUUUUUUAACAUUUCCUUUUUUAAACAAGGUCACAUUAACACUGAAGUUCUGCUAUAGCAUUUGAAUGGGAAUAAUUCCAUCUCACUGCUUUUCAUCACUACAUCUGGACUAUCCAUACAGCCAGUACACUUACAAGCAGUAUACACUGUACAAAUAAAUUAACACAAAAGUGAGAACUUCGGGAAAGCCACAACUGACCGAAAUGAAUAAGCAAUUUGAGUCUUUAGCAUUCAGGAGUAUUUGUACCUUAACAAGAAAUGUUGUCCUCCUUCAUUCUUAUGUAAUAUGAAACAGGGGUUCAUGAUGUUUGGUACAAAAGAAACAAGUGUACUUUUUUUGCUAUAAGUUUGAUUUACUUUUUGAGCUUGAGUCCUUCGCCAUUUGAAUUACUUGAAAAUGACUGUACUGCUUUCUGUCUGUGGUCAUUUGACGUUGCUGAAUAAAUCACAUGCUCUUCAUCUAUGAAAACUAA